AUGUACUCUAAAGCUGCUUUCGCUUUCGGCUUUGUCGCCGCCGCCUCGGCCCAGUCUGACAGCAGCACCGUGAGUACGGCCAGUAGCACCGACGUCGCCACCGUCCUCGUGGGCCCUGGUACCACUUCGACUGUCUCUCCUGCACUGUCUGUCACCGUCGACGCUGCCGUGAUCAACGGUAGCGUCAGCCCGUCUUCCUCCAGCAUCGCCUACACUUACUACAACACGACUGUUACUGCUAUCUUGGUUGUUGCGGAGCUCACUACCGUUUGUGGUGCUGCCACGACCUACAACUUUAAUGGCGUCGAGUAUCCAGCUACCGAAGGCCAGACUGUCACGGUUACUAACUGCCCUUGCACCAUUACUACGGCCACCCCAACCCUGACCUCGACCAUCUGCCCCGGCACACCGCGCGCCUCUCCCGCCCCCGCCCCGGUGCCCCCGGCCGUUGCUCCCCCGGCUAUCGUCGUCCCGCCAGUCAACAACAACGCCCCAGCCGAAACCCCAGCCCCUGUCAUCCCGCCCGGUGCGGCCACGCCCAGCACCUACGUGGCCCCGAGCGCCCCGACCUCGAGCGUCGUUGAGGUCUCCGGCGGCACCAGAAAUGCUGCGAUCGGCAUGGUCGGCACUGCCCUCGCCGGGCUCUUGGGUCUUAUCGCUAUGUGA